UACACUUUUCCCCAUUCCAUUCUUAAAAGCUUUCGUCCUCAUUCUUCUUGCUUUUCAAUCAACUGGCCAGGGCCGGUUUUCCAUGGCUAAAACUCCAUCGUUCAGUUCAACAAGCGAACCCCUUGACUCCAACUAGGUGAAGCUUUGAAUCGUCACUUUUCCUCUCAUGAAAAAUACCCCAAUUUAUCUAUUUUCAACAAACCAUCUCAUAUUUAUUUUCUGAAAGCAUAGAUCCAAAUCUUCAGUUCUCCUCUCAUGAAAAAUACCCCAAUUUCUCUAUUUUCGAUUUACCGAUCUCUUUUUUAUUCUCUGAAAGCAUCGAUGCGAAGGCCAUGAGAGCACGCUUUGGCUCGAAGGAUGAGCGAGAAUGGGUGGAGCCUUCCUCCUGCUAGCGUGCCCUUCGAAGUUGAGAGAGAGGAGCAUUGGAGACGGUUGGAUAACUCAGUGAAUGCCGUUUCAUUUGGGUUUGUGGCCACUGCUAUUUUGAUCUCCAUGUUUUUGGUUAUGGCUAUUUUCGAGAGGUUUCUGCGACCUAGAUCUCAUCAGGGGCCGGAUUUCUCCUUGUCUAAUGACCACUAUUCGCGGGACCCUGAGGCUCAGCACGUCAAGCUCGAGACCUCCUCACCCUCGAUGUCAGUAUAUUGCAAGGGGGUCUCAGUGCUAAUGCCAGGUCAAGUGAUUCCCACUUUCAUUGCCCACCCUGCGCCUCCUCCUCCUCCUCCUCCUCCCCCUCCCCCAUGUCCACCAGAACGCAUCCCAUGGCCUCCUCAUCACCACUCUCCAAUUUCUACAUUCCAUGAAAAUAUAAUUCCACAUACAUGAAUCUCUGGCCAAUCGUUGUCCAAUUUUUGUAAAUGGGUCUUUUUGCAAGGAUUUAAUAUAUAGGGAAAUCUAUCUCUUGUGCCCCCUUUUGUAUAUUGUAGAAAAUUAUGAUAAUGAUCUUACUGAUGUUCGGUUUUCCUAUUACGCUAUAUAUAUUGCAGAAACUUCAUGAUUUACAGA